AUGGCAUCUCGACUCUGCACUCCUAUUCGCCUCGGUGGCGCAAUGGGGUUGUCUGGCAAGGUAGCUCGGCCAAUGCAUCUUCAACCCUCCCUUGCCCUGUACCAGUGUAUAUGGCAGCAAGUACGGUCCAGCUCCAAUUCACCCAUGGCACAGGGCCCGGGUAACACCCGAAAGAAGGUCACCAUCAAGUCACUGGAGAACCUAUACCGAAAGGGAGAGCCAAUCACCAUGAUGACGGCGCAUGACUUCCCAAGUGGAUAUGUCUCUGAAGCUGCCGGCAUGGAGAUGAUCUUGAUUGGAGACAGUCUUGCAAUGACCUCCAUGGGGAUGGCAGAUACGAGCGAGAUAACGCUGGAUGAGAUGAUUAUGCAUUGCCGUAGUGUCUCACGGGCAGCGUCGACCGCAUUCGUUGUGGGUGAUAUGCCUAUGGGCUCAUACGAAGUAUCUGAAGAACAAGCUGUCCAGACUGCUAUCCGACUCGUCAAAGAGGGCCGUGUCCACGCAGUUAAAAUUGAAGGUGGCCAAGAAUUCGCUCCAACCAUCAAACGCAUUGUCCAGGCUGGCAUCCCUGUCGUUGCACACAUCGGGUUAACCCCACAACGACAAAACGCCCUUGGAGGGUUCAGGGUACAGGGCAAGUCAACGGCGGCAGCUAUCAAAGUCUAUCAAGAUGCACUGGCGAUCCAGGAGGCGGGUGCAUUCAUGGUCGUCGUCGAAGCAGUACCAGCCGAGAUUGCAGCCAUCAUCACCAAGAAACUGCGCAUAGCGACCCUGGGGAUCGGUGCCGGUAAUGGAUGCUCUGGCCAGGUCCUGGUGCAGGCGGACAUGGUAGGCAACUAUCCACCGGGGAGAUUCCUGCCGAAAUUUGUCAAGAAGUACGGCGAUGUCUGGUCAGAGACCUUGAAGGCCAUCGAACAAUAUAAAACCGAAGUCAAGAGCCGAGAAUACCCUUCGCCAGAAUAUACAUACCCGACAACAAAGGAGGUUGUCGAGGAGUUUGAAAAGGUCGUCAGCAGGAAAGAUUAA